GGACAUCCUCCAGAAAGCAAUAGUUCUUUGGUGUCAGUCAGUAGCUUAAAAAUUAUUGUCUUAGCUUCAGAACUUGUGUGUGUCAGCCUGGCAAAGUUGCUGGAGUUAAUAAACUAUAUAGAUUAAUUUGCCUACAACGUACAGUUCUGUUAUGGAACUGGACAAAAUGGACGAGAACGACUGGAAAUACCACGGAGAGGGCAACAAAAGCCUAGUGGUUUCUAAUGUCCAGCACGCCAGAGUCCUUCGGCUCCUGAAGUAUUCUACAAAAGAUGCCGAAAACUCGCAUAAGACAACAGAACAAGCUUUUCUCCACAUACAGAACAUAGUUGACUAUAGUCAAAAUGUCAUGAAGCCACUGCUGGGGGAGAAAUUCAUCCACAACGGAGAGGCUGUGAAGCUCCCGCUGGACUUUGUCCGACAGCUGUCAUUGAAGGUUCAGCAGGAAAGGCCAGAGUCUCGCUGUGACAAAGUGAUGGAUACGUUGAGUGGAUGUGCCUUGUGUCUGCCUAACCUCACCCAGCUCUCCUCCUGCUGCUGCUGCAGAGAACACAGACCUCCUCUCUGUAUAGAGAUUAAGCCCAAAUGUGGAUUUCUGCCGUCCUCUAGACACGUUACGAAAGAAAUCAAAAACCAGGUGUGCCGCUUCUGCAUGCAUCAACAUUUUAAGUUGGCCCAUGGAAAGUGGAAACGGCUGAGCCGGUACUGUCUCUUAGACCUGUUCUCAGGGCUGUCAGGUUUAAUAACCCAGCCAGCUAUCUCUAUCCUGUCUGUCUCUAUCCAGGGUGGAGAGUGUAUCUACAGCUGUAAGGAUGAUGCUGACGUGUUACAGGACCUAGAUGAAUUGGCUCAGCAUCUACGGCCAUACUUCCUCCCUAGUGGCAGCCUUAUGAACGGACACCAGUCCAGUAAGGUGGUUCUGAAUGAGUUGAUCCAGGUGAUCGUGAGUGCCCUGUUGAGCUCCUGGGACCCCAGGAAGACUCACCUGUCUGAGGGCAGAGUGAGGUGUGAGGCCAGCCUCCUGCACCGGGACCUGCUACGCAACACUAACCACUGCCUACCCAAAGAUUGCGUCCUGGACAAAAUUCUGGGGACUCAGAUGUUGGAUAAUUUAGACAUUGAGGGGUUAAACCCCCUGUUUAAACGAGUGGAGCAGCAUCUACAGGACUUUCCUAAAGAGAGAAGUAGCCUUCAGAUCGAUGGACCGUACAGCCACAGCUUCCUGGAGAAGAUCCAGAAGUGUCCGACUGAAGACGACGGCUCUAUCGAGUACGCUGUCGGAAAGGUCCACCAGUACAGAGUUGCCAUGACAGCCAAGGACUGCUCUAUCAUGAUCACCAUAGCAACCUGUGGGGAGGAGGACGGGUUGGACCAGAGCCUGGAGAUCCAGCCUUCGAAGCCUCGCUUCACCUACUCCGUGUCCAUCCUAGACCUGGACCCUAAACCCUACGACAGCAUCCCUCACCAGAGCAGACUGGACUCCAAGAUAGUCAACCACUACCUGAGGAGCACCCUGCCCAACAACCAGGAACUAGCCAAUCAGAGUGUCUUCCUGGGCUGGGACAGAGAAGGAGAGGACUGUACUCUGGUGUUCCAUCCUGUAUAACCACUCCCUCUGCUGUCUGGCUUUCCCGCUUGGUGUUACCUACUCUCCCUCCCCCGUACCCUAACCCCUCCCUCCCCCUAACCCCUCCUACUAUCCCCAGACUGAACGCUGCUGUGGAACUGAGAGCAAAAUUGAAUGAACUGAACUGGGAAAAAUCCUUUAAAAAAAACUAAAAAGAUUUGCCAUAUUAUAUAACCUGAAUUUAGGAAACUGAGUGCUGUGUCCCUAAUGGCUCCCUAUGGGCCUUGGUCAAAGGUAGUGCACUAUAUAGGUAACAGGGUGCCAUUUGGGGAGCUAUGGUGGCACAUAUGACCCCGGGGUCUUCUGAAGCGCAUACCAGGAAGUGACGUCUUAUGGUGCGAGGCUCUGAGAGACCAUGGAUACAAUCAAGUCUUUAUUUGGAUUCCCAGGCUCCUCUCCCCCAGCCUCCAUCUCCUCUCCCCCAGCCUCCAUCUCCUCUCCCCCAGCCUCCAUCUCCUCUCCCCUAUCCUAUCCUCCAUCUCCUCUCGCCCAGCCUCCAUC